AUGGAUGAAAAUAUUUUAACAGGACCGGAAUUAGAUGAUAAUAAUUUUAAAGAGAAAACCGUUACCGAAUAUUUAUUCAAUUCAUUAAAAUCACAUCCGAAAGAUUCAAUUAUUCAGAUCGAUGCGAGUACGGGUGAAAAAAUAACGUGUUGGAAUUAUUUGAAAAAAUGUUUACAAUUCGGAGAAGGUUUGGUGAAAAAUAUGGGAGUUAAAAAUGGCGACGUUGUUUGUUUGGCUUGUCAAAAUAGCAUAAAUAGUAUUAUUGCUUCCGUUGGUACAUUUUUUUCGGGGGGCAUAGCAGCACCCAUUGAUCAUAAUUCCAAACCGGUCGAAAUGCAAUAUUUACUCAACCUUUUAAAACCAAAAUACAUAAUUUGCGAAAAUGAAAAAGCUCAAGAGAUAAACAACAAUUUAAAACAAAUCAAUUUGGAUUGUAAAAUAAUCGUCUUAGACACAAAAGUAUCGGAUUCGAAUUUUUAUUCUAUGAAAGACGUGUCAAUUGAAAAUGUCGAUGUCGAUUCAUACGUACCUAGAAAAGUCGGCGAUAAUAAAAAAGAUAUUUUUGUCAUUUGUUGUUCCAGCGGAUCAACUGGAUAUCCAAAAGGUGUCGCAUUAUCCCAUCAUUCUCUUUUGUAUAACGUGCAAACUUUAAAGCAAGUAUUCCAUCAUCCAUUCCCUCCGAAAUUCGGAUCACAAUUUUUAUCAAAAAAAUUAUUAUUCACAUCUCCGUUAUUUUGGAUAUCAAAUUUCAUUUUAACGAUAAUGUCUUGCGUUUUUGGACAAACUAGAAUAGUUCCAAAAUCUACAAAUACAAUACAUUAUUUGGAAAGCAUUGAAAAAUAUCAGCCUGAAUUCACGGCUUUUUCACCGUCUUCCCUAUUAUUUUUAGUAGAUCAUCCAGAUUUUGAUAAAUUCAAUUUGAAAAGUUUAAAAUUAAUUUUUGUCGGUGGUUCUCUUUUGGGAUCGAAUUUACUUGAUAAAAUUAAGUGGAAAAAUGUUCACAUACUCCAGGGUUACGGUAUGACAGAAUUUGGUGGAGGAAUCACAAGUCCAAAUUUUGGAAACGCCACGUCUUCCGUUGGAGAAGUUUUACCCAAUACUUCAAUAAAAAUUGUGGAUCCAUCAUCGGGUAAAAUUCUCGGUCCGAAUGAAAUCGGAGAAUGUAGAGUUAAAGCCGACAGAGUUAUGAUUGGAUAUUACAACAAUGAAAAAGCAACCAAAGAAUCUUUCGACGAUGAUGGUUGGUUUAAAACUGGAGAUUUGAUGUAUUACGAUGAUAAUAAAUUGUUAUACGUUGUCGGAAGAAUCAAAGAAACCGUUAAAUAUCAAAAUUAUCAAAUAUCUUUAGCGGAAAUAGAAAAUUUUAUAAUAUCUUUACCGGGAGUAAAAGAUGCUGCGAUAGUACCCAUUCCUCAUGGACCAAAUCAUCAUUUAAAAGCGGUUGUUGUUAAAAGUUCAGGUUCUAAUAUAUCUGAAAAUGACGUCAUCGAAGCUGUAAAAAAUAAUUUUUCUGAAUACAAACAUUUAAGAGAAGGCGUUGAAUUUUCCGAUUCUCUUCCAAGAACGGAAACAGGAAAAUUAAGACGUUGGCAACUUUUGAAGUCACAUGAUCCUAAUCUAUCUAAAACUAAUUAA